AUGAAGAUUAACUGUGGACCAUUGACUGGCUUCACCCAAGCCCGAUAUGUGAUUCAUCUAUCCACGGGGAAGCGCCUGGUACUGUUUCGUCUACCGGCUAUCGACCCCGCCAGUCCAAAACCAAAUGAGGCACAAGGAUGGUCGUAUUUUGCGAUGGAAGCAGAAUGUCCCCAUGCGGGAGGCCCGAUGCAAGAUUCAACCGUUGAUAUUGAGGAUUCAGCAUACGUCGCGUCGUGUCCUUGGCACGCUUAUGAUUUCAACGUGGAAACGGGAGAGUCCAGCCUCGGGCUUAAAGCUUGCACGUUCCCUAUUGAUGUGACCGGCGAGUCUGUUUUAUUGGAAUUCCCAGUCGACGAUGGCCAUCCUGUAAGCUUGGCCAAGGUCGAGCCUGUAAGCGAGAAGGUCAAAUUGAAGCAUGGGCGGCCAUCGGACAAAUCUGCCAAACCUAAGCGCGAAGAGCCUGGUAUGGCAAACUAUCUAGAUGACACUGCCACCUUCUGCGAGUGGGCCGUCCACAUCUUGAAUACUGGCAAUCCCGAACACAAAAUUGAGUUAACAACUCAUUUCUACUCAAUUUUCACGGAGAGGGAGUCCUCCUCCUCACCAAUGGAACUUGGUCGAGGCACCGUCACCCCACCCGACUACCCGCCGCGAGAGCAGAUGGAAAUUAUUAGAGCCGGUGAAAUGCCACGGAGCAGUAAAGGAGGCUCCCAAAAAGGCCGCAUCAUGAUUCUCCAUGCCCUCGCCAAUAUCGAGCUCUGGGCCAUCGACCUAGCCAUCGACAUCUGCGUGCGCUUCGCCACAUUCCACACCGACAAGAGCUCCCAAGAGCUCCCUCGAACUUUCUUCCAUGACUGGCUGAAGGUGGCGAAUGAUGAAGCAAAGCACUUUUCUCUCCUCCGGACCCGCCUCGAAGAGCUAGGGUCGUAUUACGGGGCUCUUCCAGUCCAUCAUACCCUAUGGACCUCGGCUCUUGAUACAAAAGAUGACCUCCGCGCUCGGAUCAGCAUUAUUGCGCUUGUCCACGAAGCCCGCGGCUUAGACGUCAAUCCCGUAACCAUCCAGAAAUUCAGAAAUGCCAACGACCGCGAGAGUGUAGACACCCUCGAGAUUAUUCACAAUGACGAAAUUACUCAUGUUACGACCGGCCACCGGUGGCUGACUUGGAUUUGUGAUCAGGAAGGGAUCGAUCCUGUUCAGGUCUUCCGAACUAAUGUGAUCAAGCACUUUAAGGGCGUUCUGAAAGGUCCCUUUAACGAAGAAGCUCGAUUGCAAGCUGGUAUGGAUAAGCGCUACUAUGGCGAUAUUCCUCGACCCCCGAUCAGGGCGGCAUAG